AUGUGUCUACCGAGGAGGCAGCUGCUGCUGUGGCUGCUGCUGCUGCUGACGGUCUGCGUCCCAGGCCUCCAGACCAGUUUGACCGCACUGAGUGAGAGGCAGAUGGCGGCUCUGCACCCCCUGACCGCUGCUUCUCUUCUCCCAGCUUGCCAGGGCCUGCGGUGCUUGCAGUGUGAGAGUAACCAGAACUGCCAGGCGGAGGAGUGUGCCCUGGGUCAGGACCUCUGCAGGACCACCAAGCUGCGGGAAUGGCAAGAUGAUGACGAACUGGAGGUGGUAACGAGAGGCUGUGCCCACACAGAGAAGACCAACCGGACCAUGAGCUACCGCAUGGGAUCAUCCAUCAUCAGCCUGGCAGAGACUGUGUGUGCCACGAACUUGUGCAACCGACCCAGACCUGGAGCCCGAGGGCCCGCUUUUCCCCGAGGCCGUUACCUUGAGUGCAUGUCCUGCACCUCUUUGGACCAGAGUUGUGAGAGGGGCCGGGAGCAGAGCCUGCAAUGUCGCUACCCUGAAGAGCAGUGUAUUGAGGUGGUGACCCUCCAGAACAAAGAGAGGAGCUUGAAGGAUGAAGACUACACCAGAGGCUGUGGCAGUCUUCCCGGGUGCCCAGGCACAGCAGGUUUCCAUAGCAACCACACCUUUCACUUCCUGAAAUGCUGCAACUACACCCACUGCAACAGUGGCCCAGUUCUGGAUCUUCAGGCCUUACCACUGAAUGGCUUCCAGUGUUACAGCUGUGAGGGGAACAGCACCCACGGGUGUUCCCCCCAAGAGACGUCCCUCAUUGACUGCAGGGGACCCAUGAAUCAGUGCCUGGAAGCCACGGGCUUAGAUGUGCCGGGAAACCGGAGCCACACCGUGAGAGGCUGCGCCACGGCUUCUUGGUGCCAAGACUCUCACGUGGUAGACGCCUUCCUCCUGACCUACCUCAACGUCUCCUGCUGUGAAGGCAGUGGCUGUAACCACCCCACAGGUGGCGCCCCCAGGCCAGGGCCUGCUCACCUCAGCCUCAUUGCCUCCCUGCUCCUGACCUUCAGACUAUGGGGCAUCCUCCUGGGGUCCUGAGUCCUGAGCCGCCACCGGCCCUGGCUGGACCCAGGGGCUUUGUCCUCCCUUCCCUCGGUUCCAUCUUUGUGGACGUGUGUGUCGUGUCCUUGUGUUGUCUUCUCUGGGCCUCAAUUUUUUUUUUUUCCAAGAACCAGAAGAGAGGUCGAACAAAGGCUGCGGGCAGCUGGGGG